GUACGUACCAGUACCUCGCCCCCAUCAACCACGUUAGCAACCUAGUAAAUUACGGUGCAAGUGUUCUCAUUUAAGCUUCCCUCAAAUUGCUUAGGUAACAAAGGUUCAGAACUGGGCACAAAAACAAACAUUUACAACCUGGUCUAGCGUGCCCACUCACCCCUGUUCUGGGUACGUACCACGCACACCUUGCCGAUUGUCGCGAUGGCGGAGAGACAAGCAUCGAGCCGGCAACAACAGCCCCCCGGCGUGGCCCGAACACGACACGCCGCCGUGCCUUCUGCUAGCGUCCGUCGCAACCUCUUCCAGGGCCAGCUGACUCGCCGUCCGACGCUGCAGAACGGAACCAGCUCGUCCAGUUCUGGCGACAGCCGGCUGCAUCUGGAAGACGAUGCCCAGGGGUCUGAUAUCGUGGUCCGCGAUCAGAACGGCGAUGUGGAGCUAGACCUGCCCCCGACACCGCCAAUCGACGACAUGGAUGAGGUUGUACUGGAUUCGAGGCAGCAGAAUGAGAAGGAGCGACAACGGCUGGCAGACGUUGUGAGGCAUCAUCAGAUCAACCAGAAUAGCAUUCCGGUACAACCAGAGGAAAUAUUGGAGGCGGUACGAGCAAGUUUGAGAGCCAAGGUAGCUGCAUUGUCUGAGGAUAACUGGAUGUUUGAAAAGGAGGAUUUACUACCAAGACGCCAAUGAGCUCUUUUUCUCACGGGCAGAAAUUAUCAGUCGUCUAGCAUCUCUUUUUGAGCAUCGUCAUGAAUGGGUAUAAACUACAAUCAAGCAACAGCGUCAGCGCUUUUUCUGCGAAUAUAAAACCCCUCUAGUCUAAUCCCUCUGCAGCCGGUGCCUCCACCCGCCUCGCGGGCGGCUUCCUUGACGC